UCCUUUAUGAUAACACAAAUAUCUGCAGUUAUUAUUUAUCUAUUCCUUUAAAAGUGAUGGCAUAGCGUCAAAAGUGUCAAUCGAAAUGCGUUUGAAAAAAUAUAUAAAGUUUAAAAUGCGUGCGUUUGUUGCUAAAUCAUGGCGGACGAAAAUACUUAUGUUAAUCGUUUUGUUGCUUCUGUACGUUGUGAUUUACUUCAUUGUGUUAGGGUAUUGGUUUUCAAAGAAUUCAGAUGUUAAAACUGCUUUGAAUCUACCGAAUGUGAUAGUGCAUUUAGAUUUUAAAGGGUCUCCACCCAAACUGACUUACUUAAAGACGUUAUUACCAAGACUACAGGAGCUUGGUGUGACUGGACUAUUGCUGGAAUAUGAAGAUAUGUUUCCAUAUGAGGAUAAACUUGUGAAUUUGAGUGCUAGAAACUGUUAUUCAAGAUCUGAUCUCUACGACUUUAUCGUAACGGCGUCACAAGCAGGUUUCGAGUUAAUACCUUUAAUACAAAGUUUCGGGCACAUGGAGCAUGUUCUAAAGUUGAGGCAAUUCCAGCAUUUACGGGAGGAGGCACUUUACCCCGACUCGUUGUGCCCCAGCCGCGUUGAGAGCCAGGAUCUUAUUAAGAAUAUGGUGGAGCAGGUCGUCACCUUUCACAAUAAUAUAUCCCCAUUAAAGCAUUUCCACAUCGGUUGCGAUGAAGUGUUCCACAUCAAUAAAUGUCAUCUUUGUGCGAGGAGAGGCCUUACCGAUACCGAUAUAUUCGUAAAGCACGUGAAGUCAGUUACAAAACUUUUGAAGAUAUUAAGCCCUAACACAACCAUCUUAAUGUGGGAUGAUGGUUUAAGGAACAUACCGAUAUACAAAUGGGAUAAUAUCAUACAAAAUCUGGACAUUGAACCUGUGUACUGGGAUUAUAGACCAAGUUUAUCUGUAUCUCAUGUGAAUUUUAUGAAAUAUCAUGAGAAAUUUGGAAACAUCUGGAUAGCAUCAGCCUUCAAAGGUGCGGAUGGAAGGGUAGCAACUUUCCCAGAUUUGAAACGACGUUUCCUAAACCAUUUUAGCUGGUUAAGUUUAAUGCACAAUUAUAAAUUAGCUGGGACUAAUGACGUGUAUAGUUUCAAAGGAUUUAUACUUACAGGCUGGUCGAGGUAUAGCCAUAUGGAUCCGCCUUGCGAACUCUUACCUAUAGCGAUACCUAGUCUAUAUUUAAAUUUAUUAUUAGUCAAACACUUUCAGACUGUCGGUUAUUCUGAAGAUGAUAAACGGCUUACGCUAAAUGAAUACAUUAAGAGAUAUUUAGAUAGUGAUUUUAUAGAUAAUGCUGAAUGUGACAGUACAAUCAAUAUUGAUUAUUUAGAUACAAGCCAAUGUAAUUUUGAGGGAAAUGAUUUGUUCAAUAUACAUAAACAUCUAAGUAUCAUACAUUCAGAUAUCACUUUUAAUGUAAAUGAUGAUGAAACUGGUUUGGCCUCUGUUGAUUUUUAUUCUAAAACUCAUAACAUAAAUAUUAACAAAGUAAAAGAAGAUAUCAAAUGGUGCAAUGAAACUAUAAGAGAAUUAUUGUUCGUAGAAAAUAAGUUAAGGAAUUCGUUGUCACCGUUUUAUGAUAAUUUCUUUAUAAACGAAUAUAUUGAUUAUAAGCUUCAUAAUUGGAAACAUCUGUUGUAUACUUUGUCUAAAAAUUUAAAUGAUAUGUUGAUAGUGAGAUCUUGGGAUAGAAGACCAUACGCAUAAGACAUUAUAUUCUUUUUAUAAAUGUAUAUAUAUGUAUGUAUAAGUACUAUUUUAAUCGUAUAUACGGACAUAAUAUUGAAAUUAAAGACAAUUUUAAUAAAUUAUUUGUAAUGUUAUUUUAAAUUCAUCAAAAUAUAAGAAUUUUACGUAGUUUUCAUGUCUCUUUCAAUGUUACGUGAAAUAAUAGAAACGAGAAUCGCCUCGUUCACUUUCCAUUGCUGCAAAUUAAAUUAAUUUUGUUUAACUUUUCAGUUUGCUUUAACUUCAAAUGUACAUAGAUCUAUGUUGUUUUUUUUUUCAAAUUUUAUUAGGAAUUCUGUUCGAAGAGUAGGUAUAUAUUUAUUUUUAUUCCCAACGAUCCGCACUCUGUAACCAACGAACCAAGCCUGAACGAAUAAAAAUAUUAUCAUAUUGUUUUCUGAAACACUUAAAAGAAAAAUUUAAUAUUCCUAAGGGUAAAUUGAAUAUUAUAUUUUUGUCAUUCUUUUGUUUGUGAUCACAGAAAGCUCUUAUGUUAUUACAGAAACAUUUUACUGCUCUAGGCGGGAAAAAGGGAACUCGAGGUUUUAAUAGCGACAACAAAAUUAUUUAUCUUCUUUAUUAAGCAAUUAAAUGGCUGGUCUUGACUUAUUACUAAAAAACAAUUACCUAGAUCAAUAUUUUUUUUAAAUGUGUGCGUAUUCUACACGUAAGAAGUGAAACUACUAUACACACGUAAGAAGUGAAACUUUUUAUGACCUUAUUUUUCAAAAAAUAAUUUACUAUAUGCCACUUUAC